AUGUUAACAAACCAUUUUACACGAAUAUCGGAGUAUGCAUCAUCAACUGGAAUAAAACGUAAAGCUAUUAGUGCAUUUGGGCGUGUCGGUUCCCUUUAUGACAGUUGUCGAGACAAUAUACUAGUUAACGAUAAUAGACGUAUUUCGAGUCAAUCCUACAAGACGUCCGGGUCAGUAAAGUGUAUGGUUAUACAUGGCCAUUCGGAGGCAGGUCGUAAUCUUCUUCGAACUAUUGAUAUAGAAAAUGAUUUACGACUGAGUUUAUUAUUGAAUUUAACACGCCCGCUUGGAAUAGCUUCAGUUUUGACUUAUUCUAAUCCUAUAAGUGAAAAUACACGUUUUUUAUCCUAUUCUUGGAUCGCUCGACAAGAACAAAUUUCAAGUGAGGUCAUAAGAAAUAUGAAAUUAAGUGAUUCAAUAACGCCUACAUGUCCUGCUACACACGUAAUUACUGGCGUCGAGCAUGGAAUUGAUGUGCUUGCGGUUUUACAGUUACCAACGGAAACGCGUUCUAUUAUGGAAAUUGAUCAUAUACUUCAGAAAAUUAGUAGAUGUCUUUCUAGUGGUGAGAACAUACUUUCAUUGUUGACCGCUGAAGAAAAUAAUCGGCUUAUAAAAAUUAAUAAUAUCACAAUUUAUUCAAACAUACCUGAUUUGACUGCUUUGGACGAUAUUUUUAAACUUUUUCAUCAAAUACAAAUAAUUAAACGAAAUUCCAACGCUUGCCAACCGAUAACGUAUUUGCUUCAACCAUUGGCAGAACUAUAUCCUAAAAAUAUGAGAAAUUAUGCUGUACUUCAUGAUUUACCUCCAACACUCCAUCACAGUCUCGAACAAUAUGUACUGCAAAGAAGAACAACAAUAAAAAGCUUAAAGGAAGUUUUUCAGAAAAAGCUUGAAAGAUUUUUAAAAAACUAUCUUGAAGGGCUGUUUCGCGGUGCCCAUGUACGAUAUUUACAGAUUCAAAGAGACUAUCGCCUGGAAAUAAAACAACUUUCAAACUUGCUAUUUGAUUUUCGCACUGGUCAGAUAGGAAUAUCUGUGGUUAACAAUAAUUUAAUCGAUAAAAGCCGAACCAACUCAACUUAUGAAUUCGUUCGCACUGUAUAUACUUUAGAAGAAAAAGCAAAUUUUAUCAGUUAUUUGUUAAGUCAAAAUUUUAGCUAUUUCAAUGCUAUUGAUCAUCAUAUAAAUAAUCGUGACAAUGAAAACACGAUUCCAACUAAAAUACCUAAGAUUGGUCCUAAUUAUCGAAUUCUCUGUUCCGAUGAUACUUUAAAUAGAAAUUAUAGAGAAAAUUUCAAUCAAAUACGGUUACGUUUGCAACAAGAACAGCGACGUGACCCUAGUUUACGUCUUAUCUAUGCUGAUUUUUCUUAUUCUCUCUAUAAAGUACAUAACAUACAUGUUUUAGGAUCAACCAAUAACGAAAAAAGACCAAUCCAACAGCCUCAAUCAUCAUUUAAAAAAUCUGCAACUUUUCCCGAGGUACACCGAGAAGAGCGACCACCAUUGAAGGAAACUCGCAAUGCUACUCGUUUAUCAUCAACCGAUGAGACUAUUAAUAUUCUUCUUCUUGGCGAAACAGGCGUUGGAAAAUCAACUUUUAUCAAUGCUUUUAUUAAUUAUCUUAGAUUUGGUACGUUCGAAAAAGCCCAAUCCAAUACACCAAGCGUACUGAUUCCUGUUUCGUUUACUAUGACGAUCGGUGAUCAUUUUGAAGAACGUACAGUACAAUUCGGUAAUGUGAAAGAUUCAAAUGGUGAAGAUUUUAAUCAUCGUGGACAAUCUGUAACACAACAUUGCAAAUCUUAUAUUUUUACUCUCAAUCAUAAUGAAAUUUCUAAAAAAAUAAAAAUACGUAUUAUUGAUACCCCUGGUUUUGGUGAUACGCGAGGUGUGGGUCACGAUGAACGAAAUAUGGAACAUAUUUUACAGUAUAUCAAUAAUCUUACACAUUUGAAUGCAAUUUGUUUUCUUCUCAAACCGAAUGCAUCAAAAUUAAAUAUAUUUUAUCGUACAUGUUUUACUCAGCUGUUUUCUUUUCUGAGUCCAGCAGCUCGUCAUAACAUCAUCUUUUGUUUUACAAAUGCUCGUUCAACGUUUUAUGCACCUGGAAACACAGCUCCAUUACUCAAAACGAUGCUGGCAGAAUCGUCGAUGAGUGAUAUUACUUUCAAAAAGGAGAAUACAUUUUGUUUCGACAGUGAAUCAUUUCGAUAUUUGGUUGCACUAGAAAAUCGAAUUCCGUUUACCCUUAAUGAAAAACGAGAAUACGAACUGAGUUGGUCAACAUCAGCGAAAGAAGCAACUCGUCUUAUUGAUUAUAUUCGUACUAAUCAUACGAGCUCUCCUAUAUGCAGCGGAUUUCAAUCGAUGAAGCAGGCGCAAUUUGAAAUUUCCUCUAUGAUUCGACCAAUACUAGAAACAAUACGAAAUAUUUUACGAAAUAUUAUUUUAUGCAAAAUGAAUCAAUCGAAUAUAUCAAUCGAGCUGUACCCGAAACAUGUGCUUAAUCCAGCGGCCAAGUGCUUUUCAUGCCACCCUCCUACUAUCAAUCUUAGUCAGUUUUGGAUUGCAUUGGAUGUUCCGCAUCAAUUCAAAAAUAAAUGUCACACAUGUUCAUGUGCUGCUGACCGACAUGCGCCAAUUGAUUAUGUAUUAGAAUAUAAAUCGAUAGGCAGAUCGCCGACUUAUCAUCUAAAUGAAAUGAACGAAAUGUUGCAUCGUAUAUAUUUUGCCAGUGCAGAACUAUCACUUUUUCUCAUUCAUGGUGCUUGUUCAACUAACGAUGAUCUAUUUAUAUUAGGUUUCAAACAAAUGAUUAUGAAUGAGAAAAAUAUUUGUGCAGAACAGCAAUCGAAUAAAAUGAAUAUCCAAUUAGUCACGGAAUUAGAAAAAGCUCAAUAUGAAUAUGAACAACGAAUACGUGACGUAGCUUCAGAUCACCGAACAAAAACAUUAGCUAAUAUCUAUGAGCAGAUGAGGCAAAUUCGGAAUUAUCCGCAAAUAAAUGAACAAAUGAUUGCCAUUGAACAAGGACAACAGGCAAUAAUGAAACAAAAUGAAAUAGUCGUAUAA